AUGAGGCACCAGCCGAUUGCGAAGCUACCGGGGGCGUCCGCGCCUCUCUCGUCCUUGUUUGCGAGUUUUCCUCGACCACCCUCUGCACAGUCGCAGUCGACCUCAGCAAGCCGGUUCAAUUUUCACCUCCGUUCGCCGUCUUCUCUCCCCUGCCUCUCCUCUUCUCGUCGUCUCCUUUGUCUCUCUCUUCCUCAGCGUCUUCCUCUUCGUCUCCCCCGCUCUCCUCUCUCUUCUCUCUCGUCCGUCUCCUCUCUGUCUCGUAGUACUUCCUUUCUUUCUGCUUUCAGCGGGGGAUUCUCUGUUUCAAUCUCUUCCUUGAGUGCUCACGCAGGUUCUUCUCCUGUCUGUGCCUCCUCGCUAGACGUUGAGUUCUGUUUCGCAGGCAGGAGGCCUUUCAGUAGAAGAUCAGGGAAGACGGGAGAGGACUCUCAAGAUACCCCUGUCUCUGAUUCUCUUCCUUCUCCUCUCUCUUCUUCUUCUCUUUCUUCUUCUCUCCCGCCGCAGACAGCUCAAGAUGUGAUGGAGAGUCUGGCGCAGGCAGGUCGCUUUCCGAAGGCUUCGUCAACCGAGACCGAAUCCCUAGGAUCCAGUCGAGCGCGGCGUCUCCGAGGGGUGCUUCUUUUCCUUGCAUGCAUGUGCCUCCCAGUGGCCGCAGCAGCUGCGAUUUUCAAAGCUGCGGUUUCCUUCAGAACGCAGGAAGCAGCCGAGGCACUACGCGCGCUCAACGACGAGGACACUGUUCUUCGCGCGGCGAUGGACGUUGUCUCCGGAGGCUCUCUCUGCUUCUGUCUCCCCGUCGACAGCGACGGCGCGGUGCAGCAGACCGCGGUUCUCGAGCCGCAUUUGCCAGAGUCCAGGCUCCUCAAACUUCCAGACAAAGACGUCAUCGACGGCAUUCGAAACAACGCUUUAACAGAUCUCUUUGUGGGGAAACUCAGCGAAUUUUCCCUGCCUUUCAACUUUAUUCACUUCGGCGUCCCUCGGUCGGGCGCUCUGUACAAGACGCUCAUGGCGCAUCCGAAACAGGAAAAGAAUGCUUCACCGAAAACCCCCACACUCUCUCUGCUCUACGUUCAGCGAUCCAGCGGCUCCAGUGUUCUUCUCUCUGGCUUCGCCGUCGCCAUCUCUGCCCCGGAGUAUCGGAGACACUACUGGCGAAACGUCUGGUCGAUAGCCAUUCCUGAAGGAGAGAAGAGUCAGGAGUAUGUGCUGCUGAAGUUCGUUCCGGUGUCUCUACAGCUUCACCUUCCGGCUGCAUGCGGUUCUCCGCAAGCGGGACCCGAGGGUGCUGUCACACUUCGCCGUUUCGUCUCCGACUCAGAAGUUAAGUGGGUUUUCUCUUCUCCACCUCAGGCCUCUUAA